GUAAACAAUACCUGCAAAUCUGAAAAGUUUUUCACCAGACAUAGCCGCGGGAAGUAGUUUGGGGGUGCGGGUUUUUGCCUGCGUUACAGGCUGCUAUAUCGGUCCGCUAAUACAGAACUAGUAAAACUAGUACUAUUUUGUUAAACUUUUUUUUAAAUUCAGAUUUUUCAGGGAGUCCUUCAGCACCGAUACUUCCCACUGAGACUGACUUGAAGAUUCUAGUGAUAUUACAGUGAUCGGCAGUCAUACUAACUGGUUAAUCUGUCCUGUGUUAACAUUGCAGGGAUCGCACACAGUGUGAGAGAGAGACCAGGAGAGAGAGCCAGAGUGGGUUUCACACUAACACACCUAACACAAACAGAUUAGAGCAGAUUAACAUGGAUUAUCAGAAAAACGAUUUAGAUCAGAGGCUUAACUAAUGAUUUCAUCAAAAAAAGUAAUCUGUACAUUUUAUUCCCUCCAUUUUAUUCCUACUCUACUUUAAGUCGUAAGGAGGAUGCCGUGAGAGGUAGAGGCAGGCCAGAACCUCUUAAUCAGGAAGUAGAAAGUUAAUAACGUGGUACAGGUCACAGAACGGUAUGGAUUACUCCAGAACCAUAUGCAAACACACAGUGAACUCUUGGACCUGUACGACCCGUCACCCUAAGCAUUACUGUGAGUAAGAUAUACUGUAUCUGCCCUAAGAUGUGAUCAUACGGAAAACACUUGUACGCCAAAGCAAAAUGUAUUCCAAUAAUAUCUCUACAUUUGAUGAUACGUUUUACGGCUGGAUCUGAUAGUAUCUGUAUCAAGUCUGUAUAAUCAAAACUCACUGUGGGACUAGAGUGAAAAGUUAGGCGACAGAGAUCUAGACAGCAUAUCCAAUAGCUCUAAAGUUUAUGAUGAAAGGCGGCUAGGGACUAGUGAUCUAUUGACUCCCAUUACUGUUGAAUGGUUAGAGUGAAGAGCCCUAGGGAUCUAUAACAGCAUAAACCUAGAGUCCUGGUCGGACAGACAUGUCCUCCUACCAUCCCUUUCUUUUCUCUUGGUCUGACCCCUCUCCUCUGUUCAUUUGUGCAUUCUGUCCAUCUCUUAUUUUCCAUCCCUCUUUUACCUUGACAGAAUCUUAUCCGACUCUCUCUCUUUCCCCUUCUCUCUCUAUUCUUGCUUUCCCUUUGUCCCCAUUUUCUAAUCUUUUCUCUACGUUGUUUUUUAUCUUGUCUUGUUUUUUACGCUGUUCUUUCUUUAUGAAACUCUCUUUCACUGAUUUCAAUCUAUCACCAGAACUGUCAUCAUCUUCUUCAUCAUCCUCUACAUCACCAAUAACAACCUCAUCCUCACAUACUGCUGUUGAUACUUAUAUCCCAUCUACCUCCCUUUGUCCAUCUCUUUCACCAUCCUCUUCUUCUCUUUCCCCUGCCUUGAGUCUCUACACACUUCCUCUCCUCCUGCCCUAUCCCUCCUUCUUGACCUUCUCUUACCCUCUCCCCUCCUCCCGGUGUGGCCAUGUUGGAGAACAUGUCUCGUCGGUCCCGCUCCCUGCUGUCCCUGACCCUGACCACUCUGGCUCUGGCCCUGUCCAUCCUGGCUCUCUGCACCUCCUACUGGUGUGAAGGGACUCACAAGGUGGUCAAGCCUCUCUGCCUGUCUCCGGUCAAGAUGAGGAACUGUGGGCAGAACAACAGUGAACCCUACACCACAGAGAGCCCAACUCAGAACCCAUACAACAGAACCCUGUCUCCCCAGAGGAGAGAUGAACUGGCUAAGAUCCGCCAGAGACAGCUGGACAAUGCUGUCCACUACAUCUGGGAGACAGGAGAGGACAAGUACACCUUCAGAUACUUCCACACAGGCUUCUGGGAGAGCUGUGAGAAACACGUUGAUGGUGAGAAGUGUCGCAGCUUUAUUGAGCUGACUCCUGGCGAAACACAAGGUGUGUUGUGGCUAUCGGUGAUAUCUGAGUUCACUUACAUCGGUCUAUUGGGAAUGGGCUUUCUGUUGAUGUGGUUGGAGUUGUUGUGUUCCCAUAAGGAGAUACACGCUCUCAAAAUCAACGCCUAUGCUGCCAUCUGCACCGUACUGUCAGGUCUGAUGGGGAUGGUGGCCCACAUGAUGUACACCACAGUGUUCCAGAUGACUGUCAUCGUUGGCCCUAAAGACUGGAGGCCUCAGACCUGGGACUACGGCUGGUCAUUCGCCCUGGCGUGGAUCUCCUUCAGCUGUUGUAUGGGAGCUGCAGUCUUCACCCUCAACUCUUACACCAAGACCAUCAUCGAGCUACGCCACAAACAGAGGCUCCGAUUGGAGGAGGCCCGCGCCGCCACCCACGCCCCUCCCUACAAUGAGGUGGUUCCCGGGAGCGGGCUCUACUCUGUCAGCGGCCUAUUGCAGUGCCCAGACGGGAUGAUUGACGUGGCGUGGGCGCCUGACGGGACUGUGAUGGGGGUGGGGAACGGGGAUGUACCAACUCUGGUGUUGGUAGGAGGGUGUGGGCCAGAGGGCUGUGAGGACUGUGAGAGAGAGAUGGAUGAGAUGGAGGAGGCCAUGGAGAGGGAAAGAGCUGAUUCGCCUUGUUAAUAAGUGAUGGGUGGGGCUAAAGAGAACAGAGGAGGACUAUGGGUAAUGUAGUCACUUUUCAGGUACUGUAUAUGCACCAUGAGCUCUCAAGAUGGAAAGAGUAAGACCGAAAAAUAGUGAGACUGAGAAAGUGGGAGGGAAAUAGUUCUGACAUAAGAUAUGAGAGAUAAGGAAUGCUGAUAUACUUCUCUUGCACUGCUUGUGGGGCAGAAGCAGCACUUGAUGGACAUGGGACACAGGAACUGUGUUGGCUGUAAGAGCUACAGUAUCCCCUCUUUGACAUUGAACAGAGAUCACCUUGACAUACAUGGUUCGGGCUAACGCUCCUCACAUUGUCAUUCAUUAAUACAGUAGUGCCUAAUGGUAAGGGAUUGUUAUACAGUAUACAUGUACACUACCGUUCUAAAGUUUGGGGUCACUUAGAAAUGUCCUUGUUUUUGAAAGUAAAGCAAUUUAGUUGUUCUGAGAAAUGAAGGC